UUCUCCUCCAUCUCCUCCUCCUCCUGCACGUCCUCCUCCACCUACCUCGUUUCCUCCUUCUGUUCCUCCUCCUCCAUCCUCUUCACCUUCUGCAGUUUCUUGUCAUCCUAUUUCUUCUCUCACUGCGAUUCCUGUUUCUAUGACUUCUCAUCCUCCAGCCACUUCAUUGCCUGCUCCAGUUUCUUCAUCCUCUCCUCCUCCUCCUCCUCCUCCUCCCCCUCUCCUCCCCCUCUAAUCCAGACUUCUUCUGUGAAUCCCUCUACGGUCCCUUAUUCUCCACUCUCGCUUAGCGAGAACCCUCCUCCUCCAUCUCAUCUUGCCACCCUUCCUACACCCUCUUCCUCUUCUAUGAUCCCUCCUCCACCUCCCCUCCCUCCUCCCCCUCACGUGCGUGCUAGUGCCGAGGUAGUGUCAAGUAGCAGUAACACUCGCACAAUGUCAAACAAAUCCGUACACACAAGAGAUCACCGCAGCUCCCCCGUGGCUGGUGGUGGCCAGGGUGUGGGUGAUGACUUGAGAACGUGCGGCCGCCUGUGGGAGCUCCAUCUGCUUUACCAACAGCGGCGUUCAUACGACGAUAACAAAAGGAGCUCGAGCCCUUCAGGCCUUCUCUCCUGCACUGACGCCUCCCUCAGCCUGUCCGGCAGAGAUAGAUGUGACGUUUCGACGACCUCGCAGCCCCUCGUCCAACCCCCGCUUCCCCCACCACCUGUGUCCCCGAGGUCUCCCCCACGUGCCUGGCACCCAGCGCCAGCCCCUGCCAGUGCUGAUCGUGGCAUCGCCACGGCCGAGUCGCCGUACCCGUGCCAGCCGUCUGCUACCCACUCUGGCUCCUCAACGGAGAGAGAAGUAUCGUACCGCAAAAGUCGCCCUCAGAGGCCACUCACCUGGGGGCCGCAGUCCACGCCACCUGUAUUUUCUUCUGCUGAGCACCACGCUCCACCUGCUGCCACAACGUCCCCUCCCGGCCAGUCCAAGGCCCCUAGCAGUGGCCGCACCGUCGCCGAAAAGCAGGUUUGUCCCUCAUCUAGCGGGGCAGCCCGGCCCCUGUCAGCCAGUUUCGUUGGUUCUUACGAGUCUCACCGGCUGCAGGCACAAGGCCUCGCUGAGUGGCUCUUUUUCGCUCGUCUUGACCGCGGCAGUAAAGAUCUGAGCGAGCUGUCCACCACCAUGGAGCUAAAGGUUGCUCCGCAAGUCAAUGGCUCGAGUGAAACCAGUGAGGGCCAACGAGUGUCACAUAUGGUGCGGCAAGAGUCCGAUGAAAACAUUAGUAGAGAGGAAAUUGUGCGGUCUGCUAAAUAUCCGUCUGCCAAGCUGAAGUCUGGGCGUUCAGCAUCGCCUCCUCCCCCGCCUCCUCGCCCUCGCACACCGCUGGACGAGCGCGACCCUGAGUUAGUUUUAGGCGAGCGUCGCUACCUCUCCUACUUCCAGGAGCCGCCCUACAAACAGCAGCGAACACGCAGCACGUCCAGGGAGCCAAAGACUCCUGACCUGCAGCAGCUGGAGGCGCAGCGGCGGUACUAUUGCCACUUUCUGAGUCCUCCACGGGGCUCUUCUCUCACGCGGGAGGAAGUAUACAAAAGCACCGAGCCAGAUGAGGUUCAGCUGGCCGCUCAGAGGCGAUAUAUGUCUUAUUUCAACCCCGGUCCCCCGAGGCCUCGCUCAGCUCGCUCCCAGGAACCUCCCGAACUUGACUCCGCUCAGAUUGAAGCUGAGCGCCGAUAUUUGUCCUACUUUAACGCUGCUCCUCCGCGGCCACGUCGCCAGUCCUCACCUGGAUCACGCUCAUCUGUGGAGCCUGAUCCAGUGCAGCUGGAGGCUGAGCGUCGGUAUCUUUCGUAUUUCAAUUCUGGCCCUCCACGCUCACGCCCACUCUCACGACCCACCUCCGUGACUUCGGAGCCUGACUCAGAACAGCUUGAAGCAGAGCGUCGCUACCUGCGCUAUUUUUCGUCAGGGCCGCCACGCCCCAAGCGGCGUCCAGAUGAUGAAACUGAAAAGUCAGUAGACAAGCCUGACUCUCAGCAGCUGGAGGCAGAAAAACGCUACAUGGCAUACUUCCAGGGCACACCCAAAGCCAAGCAUAAGAAGGAAGUCGAAACUGAUGAAGAAAAUGAAGGGAAGCUCCGCGUUCCUCCCACUCGUGAGAUGCUGGAGGCUGAGGAAAGGUUUCUAAACUACUUCAAGCCGAUCCCUUGCGGGGCACCCAAACGCCUGCUGGACGAGCCGCCACCCGUCAGUGAACACGAAAAGAUGAGGCAGCAGCUUCUGCGAGAGUUCUGGGAAGCGCUGGAAAAUCGCAUUGACCGCAAAGAAAAGAAAAUCAUUAAAGUGAGUCGACCCAAGCGAGAGAUUCAUCGCGAGGCGACGCCGCCCACACAGAGGGAGCUGGUGGUGGAAGAGUUCCUGCAACGUGUCAAGGACAGAAAGAAAGAGAAGGACCUGCACUACGGAGACACAGACGACGAAGAAGAGGAAGACCAGAAAGACAAGACACCUGGUGAGGAAGACGAGCCUGCCCCCGUCAUCGAAGGAGGCGGCGAGGUGAAGGGAAAGAUCGUGGAAGACCUUGGCCUCUUUGUGAGCUCCGAGGUAUCUCCCCGUCCCUAGAACUAUCUCACUUUAUCUUUUUCUCUUUUCUCUUUCCUCUUUUUAUUCUCUUUUCUUGUCGUUUCCUUCCUGCUGUUCCUUCCGCCGCUGCUGUUGCUAUUAUUACUCCUCUUUAUCUUAAUCCUGUUUUCAUUUCCGUUCUCUUUCUGCUGUUGCUUCUUUCUGCUACUUGCUAUUGCUUUGUAGUGUUUAUCUUUCUUAUCUUUCUAUUACUAUCCUUUCUUUCUCCGUCUUAUAAUUCUUCCUUUUUUUUCUGUUCAGUUUUCUUUUUUCUCCUUGCCUCACCGCCUCUUCCACUUUUUACUCGUUUCUACUCACUCGUACUCUUCUGUUUCCUUCCUCCACCUUCUCCUCCUCCUCUUCCUCCCGCCACUCCCCACGCCCCCCUCCUCACUAGAGCACUACCUUCCUCC